ACUCAAAAUUAUUUAUUUCAGCUGAACUAGUAAGCACACUCACCCUUCCUCCCUGCGGGGCUGCGGCCAACCUGAUUUGAAAUACAACUGAUUUUAAAACAGGAACUAUGGUCUGCUUUCUUUGGAAAUCAUUGCGCAGUGUAAAUUCAAAAGACUGAUUGAUUUUGAAACCAUUGUAUUUGGUUUUUCAAAGGAAAGCAGGAACAAUGAAGAUGGAUAAAUUGAGCGACUUGAAGCACCUAUUUGUUACUGUAUUUCUUGCAAAUUUUGCGUUGAAUGUGAUUCCUCCUGCCAUAACUGAUAUCACAGUUGGCGCACUCUGCCCUUCUCAAGACGAAUGCUCACUUGCCAUUUAUCUCUCUGGUUUUCAGCAAGCAAUCUUAGGGCUGGGAUCAAUGAUGAUGUUGCCAUUGCUUGGACAUCUAUCUGAUAUAUACGGAAGAAAAGCUUUGCUUACAGUUCCGGUAGCUGCCUCCAUUAUUCCGUCAGUAAUAUUGGCAAUCGGCAGAUCAACAAACUACUUCUACGUGUAUUAUGCUGUAAAAACCUUCACUGGUAUGGUCAGUGACAGUGGAAUUGAGUGCCUCUCCAUUGCUUAUGCGGCAGCUAAUAUAUCAGAAGAAAAACGUGUUUCUGCAAUUGGAUUUGUUGCCGGCAUAGGCUCUGCUGCAUCUCUUUUGGGUACCAUGGCUGCGCGCUUCCUCUGCACUGCACAGAUCUUUCUGAUAGCUGCCAUUUCUUCAAUGGUUGCAACAAUUUACAUGAGAAUAUUUGUAAAGGAGACGAGCGGCCGUAUUGACAGUGAACCACUAAAUCAACCUAUAUUGGUCGAUAAUGGUGAAGAAUGUUCUCAAUCAAAAAGUGUGUCACAGAGCUUUAAGGAAGUGUUACCACUCAAGGAUAUUUUCUGCUUGCUGAAGAGUAGCGUGACGCUUUCGCUAGCAACAGUGGUUGCUUUCUUGAAUGGUCUAGGAGAAGGUGGACAACAAACUCCAUAUUUGUACUUCUUAAAAGCUCGACUUCAAUACAACAAAGAUAACUUUGCUGUUUUAAUGCUUAUUGGCUACACUGGAGCAGCAAUUGGCCAGUUAUUCUUGAUGCCUCGGUUGGCUCCUAUUACAGGAGAGGAGGCAAUUCUCUCCUUAUCCUGCAUCGCUGGAUUUAUAAGUAUGCUAAUUGUUAGCAUUGCAUGGGCAGUAUGGGUUCCUUAUGUUGCUAAUUUGUUGCCUAUCAUUGCCUUCCUUACAAGACCUGCUUUACAAAGCAUUGUUUCAAAACAAGUUGGGCCAAAUGAACAGGGAAUUGCUCAAGGGUGCAUUGCAGGCAUAAGCUCAUUUGGCAAUAUUCUUUCUCCAUUAAUAUAUACUCCUCUAACAGAUCUAUUUUUAUCUGAGAAGGCUCCAUUCAAUUAUCCUGGAUUCAACUUGUUCUGCGUCGGCCUUGCUUGGUUGAUAGCUUUAAUCCCUAGUAUGAUGAUACAGUUUGGUCCCAAAAAUUCAGUACUCAAAAUCAGAGACGGUGGCUGUGGCUCGGAUGCCUAAUUUUUGAGGUUCUAAGUUCUUCGUUCUUUCAACUAAUUUUAAAAAAAUAUGUAUCAUCUAGGAAGGUUUUCAUUCACUUAAAUCUCAUAAAACUUAGAAGAGAAGUUGUCUCAUCAAAUGACUGAGAUUAACGAGUAAUACGUGCAAUUACAAGCUGUAGGAGGUUUGUUAAAGACAAAACAUGUCAUAAUGCAUUUUUCUUUCAAGACGAAUUUGGAUUAGUCGGGCCUUGGGCAUGUUUGUUUUGGUAUUCAACCAACUUGCCCGAUUUGUAUGUGAUGAACUUCAUCAAUGAUAGCAAAUCUUGAUUAUUUGUAAUUAAAAUCCGAGUGGGUAAGUGAACCCAUAA